AUGAAUCAAUCAGAUUACAAAGGUCGGAGGACAGCUGGAAUGCGUGGAAUGAGUAUGGAUAAUAUUCUAGGAGAUCCAUUCGCGCUGGCUACCAUCUCGAUUGCUAUGCUUGCAUGGUUUAUUGCUUUCAUUGGAUCGAUAUUAGCGACUGCAUCACACGCAUCUAAUGACGGAUUUCCAAAUUAUUCAUGGUUUACGAUUGCAUAUAUGCUGUGUUGCAUUCUAGGUAUAUUUGUCGUGAUAGCAUCGGAUACAACUCAGACCUAUCAUGUUGCUAUCGUUGGAUUCUUGGCUACCGGUCUCGUGUUAACAAGUUCAUCUGUUAAUUCGUUAAUUUAUUCUUCAAAUGGAGCAAAAGAAGCCGCCGCGGCUGGACAUAUCCUUCUCUCUAUGGUUGCGAUUAUUUGGAUGUUCUACUUUGGAUCAACACCUUCAGCGGUACCUCGAGCAUACCUUGACUCGUUCGCCCUUCACAAAGAUCAUAGAGUAUCAUCAGGAAGAGGAAUGUCGACUGCUUAUGGAAAUGGAUAUGGAAUUGGUCGACCGGAUACUUCAAUCUCUUCAAACGUUCCACCACAAAUGUAUACCUCGGCGCAACUAGGUGGUUUCGAAACAUCUUCACCAGUAGCAGGAUUCCCAGGAGGUGCCGCAGGAGCCGAGCGCAACUCAUCACAACCAAGAUUUGGAGCCAGCAAUCUUGGACCAAAUGGUGGAAUGGGUUCAGAACCUACACCAGGAGAAGUCAUCCAACCUACAGAAUACCCAUACCGAGCGAAGGCCAUUUAUUCUUACGAUGCCAACCCAGAUGAUGCAAACGAGAUUAGUUUCGCUAAACACGAAAUAUUAGAAGUCUCAGACGUAAGUGGACGAUGGUGGCAAGCCAAGAAAGAAAACGGAGACACCGGAAUAGCGCCUUCGAAUUACCUAAUCUUAUUAUAA